UCGCCAUGGCGGAAACAGAGCAGCAGUCAGCAUCUUCUCCUGAAGAUGAGGCGCCUGACGCCGCGACGGCCUACAUCAUCCCCAAGAAGGAAAUCAGCAUGGUGCCCGACAUGGGGAAGUGGAAACGCUCUCAGGCCUACGCUGACUACAUAGGCUUCAUCCUGACCCUGAACGAAGGAGUGAAAGGGAAGAAGCUGACCUGUGAAUACGAAGUCUCUGAGGUGACUUUACUUUUUCUAAGAUCUGCUGGCCUUCUGGGAACUCUGGACCAGUGGAUAAACGAAACUCCUCCGGUCGACCAGCCGUCCCGCUUCGGCAACAAGGCGUACAGAACCUGGUUCUCCAAGCUGGAGCAGGAAGCCGAGGCCUUGGUGGCCGGCGUGCUGCCUGCAGAGAAAGCCGCCGCCGCUCCGGAGAUCGCCGUCUACCUGAAGGAAGCUGUCGGGAAUCCGACCCGAAUCGACUACGGGACAGGUCAUGAAGCGGCUUUCGCUGCGUUUCUUUGCUGCUGUAAGGUCGGCGCCCUGAGUAUCUCUGACCAGCUGGCCAUCGUCUUCAAGGUGUUCAACAGGUACCUGCAGGUGAUGCGGAAGCUGCAGCGGACCUACAGGAUGGAGCCGGCCGGCAGCCAGGGCGUCUGGGGACUGGACGACUUCCAGUUCCUGCCCUUCAUCUGGGGCAGCUCCCAGUUCAUAGAUCAUCCGACUCUGGAGCCGCGGCAUUUCAUCGAUGAGAGAGUGGUGAACGAGCACCAGGACUACAUUUUCCUGGACUGCAUCCGGUUCAUUAACGAGAUGAAGACGGGUCCGUUUGCUGAGCACUCCAACCAGCUAUGGAACAUCAGCGCCGUCCCGUCCUGGUCCAAAGUCAACCAGGGCCUGAUCAGGAUGUACAAAGCAGAGUGUUUGGAGAAGUUCCCAGUGAUCCAGCAUUUUAAGUUCGGCAGCCUGCUCUCCAUCCAGCCAGCGAAGCCUUGACGCUCCACGGAGGAAGGAUUCCCAACGUUCCCCCAGCGUUCCCAGCGUUCCCAGUUCCAACAGUAGCGAAUGCUAGCUGAGUAGCCCGACACAUGCAUUCCCUCACUGGCAUGCUGCCGAGAAGGUUUGGACACAUCCUCAACUUUCCUGCUCAGCAUGUCGCUGAUGACCUCUGAACUCUGGAGCAUCUGUGGAUUUUUGUCUUAUUUAUAUAAAAGUCUCAGAUAUUAUUUUUACGGUUGUCAGACGUGUGAUCAUAAGUGCUGCAGUAUUCUGAUCCAGCUUCCUUCUGCCGGGUCACUGCCAUCAGUGACACUGUUGGAUUUUUGUUUUGCUUUUAAGGCCAAAGGUCAAAUUUUCCUCACAUCAUCGUCCAUUCGCUCAGAGCCGACUGUAGACCGCGAGAACAUCCCUCUACAUCAGACAGAAACUUCUAGAUUCAGGAAGUGUAGAUGGAAAGUCUGUGCAUGGAAAAACUCUUUCAGUUUGCCAACGCUAGCCUCAUCAAGCCCCAGAAAUUAAAUAGAAAACAAAUAUCAGCUCCGUUCUGAUGGAUAUUGUCAUUAAAGAAUAAAAUGAAC